AUGCACGCCAAGUCUGCUCUUCUGGCCGCCGCCCUGGGCUUGGCAACCACUGCCUGCGCCGACCAGGAAAGGCCCAAGAUCUACUUUCCCCGUCACGUCAAACGCCAGUUCACGAAUUCCACGAGCACGAGACCCGAAACUUUCCCAGCACCGGAGAGCACGCCCUUCGACUCGACAACAUCAAGCGGGCCGAGUUCGUCAUUUAGUGACUUCCUGACCAGCUUGACCGACACUCUCAAUCAGAAUCCGUCAUCCAGCGCUUCUUCAACAGAGAUCCCCGCCAUCACAUCACCCUCGCCCACGUCUACUGUCGCAUCGACCCAGCUUGUCUCUUCAGGAACCGCUGAAUCCUCUGUAUCGCUGUCCACCGCAACUCUUGCAGAUGGCAGUGUUACGACUGUUGUGAUCUCUAGCACCAUCGUCUUCGACCCAUCCACGGAGACGACGGCGAGCGGUGCGGCUUCCACCACUAGCCUCCCCCCCGUCAUCGUGCCUACAACGAGCGAAUCCUCUGCCGUUGCGACAAGCGAUGCCCCCACAACCUCACCUCUGCCGACCACGACGCCUACGCCGACGGCUGAAAGCUCCGCUGCCGCAACAACCCCGACGACUACCCCCGAGUCGUCCGCUGCUGCCGUUCAGUCUACCCCAUCCCCGGAAUCUUCUGUCCCUCAGUCAUUCACCGCCCCCGAGUCGGCGACUUCAGUGGCUCAGUCAUCCAACAUUGCAGAGACCACGCCGGCAGCUUCUAGUGCCGUCGAGUCUACCGCCGCAUCCGCGACUGAGGUGAACUCGACUCAGCCCACUGACGCUGCUCGUGUGUCAAGUGCCCCCGGUUCAAGCACUGUCGUUGCGCCAACCUCGGAGGCCGUCACGAGCUCAGCCGGCCCUGCUAGCUCUGAGAUUGCCAACAGCAGCAAUAUGGCUGCUCCCACAACCCAGGCCGGGUCUACUUCAGUGCCGGAGACGACUCUCUCCAUCUCUUCCUCCGGUAUCUUGCUUGCCCCGACUGGUGUCGUGAGUGAGACAUCAACUUCGGAGUCCAAGACCUCUGCUGCGGAGUCGACUUCGAUUCCCGAACAGCAAACUUCCGGCGUCGUUGCUUCGAGCGUUGCUCCCAGUGUCAACAUUACGGAGCCCGCAGUGUCCACUUCAGCCCAAUCCGUCUCACUGCCUGCCGAAACCACCUCCGCUGCCGUUCAAUCCUCUGCUCCCGCCGAGAACGCCUCCACAGAUGCUACUAUUUCCGCCACUCGCCUGCCAACUUCAGUUGCUUCUUCCGAGGCCCCUCAGACAACGAAGCCUACGAACCCGCUGGAGCCAAUUGUUUCCCUGAUAUCCAGCGAAGUCCCCAUCAUCAACGCAACCUCUGCCGAGCCCCCCGCCGCUUCGUCCUCUGCCGCUUCGUCCGACGUCCCUAUCCCGACGCCCACUGCUCUCCCAUCGCCAACUGAUCGUACCACGACAUCGGCAGUGCCUACCGACCCCAUUGUGAAUCUUACCUCGGCACUUGAGAUCUCGACUGAGCCGACUACGUCCGUGCCGGUUCCUAGCGACCCUGUUGUUAACAUCACUUCCUCAACCGAGCUCCCCGUGUCGGUUCCCACCACUGUGCUUUCUUCUACGGAGGGCAUAAUCAACGCUACAUCGACAGAGAUUCCUGUGGGAGAAACGUCAACUAGUAAGCCGGUUACUUUGACUAACAGCAUUGUCACGUCUGCACCCACAACUACAGCGACUGGUUCCGUGGAGCCCAUCCCUGUCAACUCCACUUCGACGGAGGUUCCCAUUACUAGCGGACUCCCCACAACAACCGAGCUCCCUUCUUCUGUGACUUCCAUUAGCAACACCACCGAUGCUGAGAGUGCGACCUCUGUUCCGGCGUCCACUGCUUCUAUCCCGCCGACAACCAUCGCAAACGAGACUGCUCCUGUGACCGAGACAUCCGUUCCGGUUACCUCCCAGCCUACGACGACUCAGCUUCCGGUUGCUACAUCGACUGCCAUCCCCGUCAACACUACCGAAACGCCUGUUGUUGAGACCACACCUACGGUAUCGACUCCUCCUGCCUCGACCACACCCGUCAUCACCAGCAUUCCUGCCACGGCUACGAUCACGGACUCCGAGUCCUGGCUUCCUACCACCAUCAUCGUGGAGCAAUCCACCUCAAUCAGCACUCCUACCGAGGCUCUGGCCCCCACGACGACAGCACCGUUGCCCUCUGACCUCCCCAAGGUCAUCAGCCCGCCUGACCCUAACGUUGAGAAGCCGAAAGACUCCACCCUUCUGCAAAUUGGCUUCUUGCAUGGCGAGAACUACCAGCAUGUCAGCAAGAACCCCAACGCUGCAGCUCAGAUCUUCAGCUGUCUUCCCAAGGCUUUGGCCGACGCCGCCGGUCUCGACCUGACCCAGAUCAAGAUGCAGAAGCUUGUUCCUUACGACACAUCUCAGACUCUCGGCUACAUUACUACCCUGGCCAGGUUCUACUAUCCUACUAGCAUGGUUGACACCCUGCGCAUGGAUAUCAAGAUUCCUAACUCUGCCAUCUACAACAACCCUGACCAGCUUGUCUUCAACCUCACUCAGAACAUCAACCCUGCCAUUGAAAUUAUUCCGGGUAUGGAGGAUGACCCCAAUGCCACUGGUGACGGCGGCUCAUCGUCCACCGAUGCUGCCAACCCUAACGACCCUUUCAACAACGAUAAUAACGAGCAGACCCCCAUCCAGAAGGGCACUGCUGCGGCUAUUGGUAUCGGUGCUGUUGGUGUUGCUGCUGCGUACGGCGCCGCCAUGUUCAUCAUUGCUCGUCGCUACAAGCAAAAGAAGCAGGCCCACCGCCGCGCUAGCUCCCUCACCUCGUCUGAAAUGCGUUACACUGGUGCGGGCAGCCCUCCGAUGAUGGGCGGGGCUUUGAUGAGCAGGGACUUCUCUAACUACGGUGGAAUCGCCGGUGGCCGAGACAGUCAUGGCAGUGGCCGCACGAACCGCAGCGGCCCGGGUAAUUCAGCAAGGACCGCGAUCAUCUCUGCCCCCGUUGCUGCUGAGAAUUCACUCGGUUGGAAUUGA